CCUUGAGUCUUCCUGGUCUCGCGAGGUGUGCGCGUGAGUUUUACGCCCGCGGUGCACGUUGGGAAGCCCUUUCUCAACGAGGCCAUCUUGGUGUGAUCAGGAGGUUGGCCAGAUCGGACUAAUCAGGAACAAUGGUGGCAGCAAAGAAAACGAAAAAGUCUUUGGAGUCCAUCAACUCCAGGCUGCAGCUUGUGAUUAAGAGCGGUAAAUACGUCCUUGGAUACAAACAGUCACAGAAGAUGAUUCGCCAAGGCAAAGCCAAGCUGGUAAUCCUGGCUAACAACUGCCCUGCUCUGAGGAAAUCCGAGAUUGAGUACUACGCUAUGUUGGCCAAAACUGGAGUCCAUCAUUACAGUGGAAACAAUAUCGAGCUCGGCACAGCCUGUGGCAAAUACUACAGGGUGUGCACACUGGCAAUCAUUGACCCUGGUGAUUCUGACAUCAUCAGAAGCAUGCCAGACCAGCAGCAGGGAGAGAAGUAGAGCCUAAUCCACCAGAUGUUAUUAGGAAUAAAAUUGGUUGAAACGGUCA